CUAUUGCUGCUGUAUGUGUAAUGUGCUAUUGCUCCUGUGGAGGUCUCUGCUUUCAUCAUUACAACGAUCUUUAGAGGAAGCAAACGGCCGGACGACUCACACAGACACCGAGAACCAACCCAAACCUCCAAAAACCACUUAAAUUUUACAUUUAGAGCAACAAGAUGACGACUGCACCUUAUAACUAUUCCUAUAUUUUCAAAUAUAUCAUUAUUGGUGACAUGGGAGUCGGAAAGUCGUGUUUACUUCAUCAGUUCACAGAAAAGAAAUUUAUGGCUGACUGUCCUCAUACAAUUGGCGUUGAGUUUGGCACAAGGAUCAUUGAAGUGAGUGGGCAGAAGGUGAAGCUACAGAUUUGGGAUACAGCAGGGCAGGAGAGAUUCCGUGCUGUCACACGCAGCUACUACAGAGGAGCUGCUGGGGCGCUCAUGGUGUAUGACAUCACCAGGCGAAGCACAUACAACCACCUCAGCAGCUGGUUGACUGAUGCCAGGAAUCUCACCAACCCCAAUACUGUGAUCAUUCUAAUUGGUAACAAAGCAGACCUAGAAGCCCAGCGGGAUGUCACAUAUGAAGAGGCCAAGCAGUUUGCUGAAGAAAACGGGUUGUUAUUCCUUGAGGCAAGUGCAAAAACAGGUGAGAAUGUGGAGGAUGCGUUCCUUGAAGCAGCAAAGAAGAUCUACCAGAACAUUCAGGAUGGCAGUCUGGAUCUGAACGCAGCCGAGUCGGGGGUCCAGCACAAGCCUACUGCCCCUCAGGGUGGGCGCCUCAGCAGUGAUACACAGCCCCAGAAAGAGGGCUGCAGCUGUUAAUGACCAUAGAGUCUUCAUUCUCUUUCUCUGUACCUUGCCCCCAGUUCCCACCUCUGCCUCUCUCUCUAUCUAAAAGCGUCUCCCCUUCCAAUUUGAUUUGUCAUUGAGUUUGGGGCCAGAUGGUUUUGAGCGAAGGAGGUGUAACAUAAUUAAUUACUCCCCAUAUCCUGCUCUCUUCAUUCCCUCCUCCUCACCUGUUUUGCUUAUUUCUCAUAUGCUCACAUCCCAGUGCUCCCAUCAAGCACUCGAGGGAGCACAGCUCCUCCACUGAACACUAAUCCUGAAGAGAGAUGAUUGUUGAUAAACUGAAGAAAUGCUGGGUUUAUCCUUUACAGACGUGAUGUGCAUAACUAUUAACUAAACAUCUCAUGUACAGGAGCUGUCUGAAUACUAGUGUAAUGUAAAUGAAAUGGAAAUAUUGGCAAACGUUCUUUGUGUUGACGUGAUGUCAGAAGUGAUCAGGAGGACAUGCAUCAUUGUGCGUAUGUAACAUUGUUUUGUUCAACAAACAAAAAAAAUCUAAAACUAAAAUAUUGUAUUUUGUUUUAAAGUAGACUUUUUGCAGUUUCACAUACAAUCACCAAAUAUUUAUCCCUGUUUGUACCUAUUCAGGAAAUAAUAUACAUGUACUAUACAAGAUUAGUAUUGUUUCGAAACCAUUUCAAUGGAAGGGCCAUUGUAAAAAUCGGCUAUUCCAUUGGUUGAUUCAGACAGUUAUUUUAACUUAGUAAUUGUAACUGUUAUAGUAAUAUAUUGAAAAGAAAAGGAUGCAUUUGAAGUCCUGAAGAAUGUUUUCCGCACUUUGCAGAUUUGAUUUGUUUUUCCCGAGGGCCUGGAGCUUGUUUUGUAUUACUGCGGUCUUAAGUUUGUCCUACUAAGUUUCAGAUCCCCUUUGGUCUAAAAAAGGGAAGCAGUAGUAUGAAAAACAGACCUGUUUGGGGACCAUGUACCAAACAUGCAGGCCCUGCAAACCUUCAUUAUAUCAAGAUAUUCAUUUUUCUACAUUAAUAAUUUCAGUUGCCUUAUGAUUUGCUCUGAUGUGUUGCCCCUUUUAUUUAUGCUCCUAGUAGCUUUUAUCAAAACAAAGGAAGUCCAGAAAUUGCAAUAGAGAUUUUGCCUUUUUGAACACCUUGAAAGCAUUCCAUUAAAUCCAUUUCCAAACACUGAUCAUAACAUGCCCUGUGCUGGGUUUCUUUAUAGGUUUAUUAAGCAUGAAGCAUGGUAAGACUACGUUUAAUAGGCAUCAUGGUUUUCCCUAAUCCGAUGAGAGUUAUUAACCCACUAUAAUUUAAGAAUAUGUAAUGCAAAGGCCUCCAAAGCAUGACAAACAUCAUUGUGGGGAAACUCUGUCCAGAUCCGUUUAGUAGUCAUCAAUUUGGUGGUGGUGGGUGAGAUGGGCUGACGUAACAACCAGCAGUGGUAUCUUUUUCAGAUGUGCAAUGAACAGAUAAAAAAAAUAAAUAAAUAAAAGGCAAAAAAAGAAGCACUACAAAAUAUUUUUUUUCUAUUGAAUUUGUGUAUUAUGGUAGAUUUUAAAAGUGGUUGUUUUGUAAACUGAAAAUCCAUGUUUUAAUUUGCUCCUACUUUCUUGCUUUUUUCACAUCUUUAACCUGCUCUUGAACUCAAGUAUGUCUUCUGUAAGUGGCAUUUGUUUGUAAUUAUGUUAAUAAAGACAAUACUGUA